UCCCGCGAAUCGAAUGGCGUCUUUUUACCGCAACGUGGUUUGAGUUUAUUGUCGGUUUAUUAUAAAAUAAACUGACAAAUAAAUAAGGCAUGACGAAUACAAACGGAUUUUCAGACUCGCAAGAGUCUGCGCUUCUUGACGAAGAAGCGUUCCACGAAUUGGAGAAAGAAAUAGGGAGGAAUACGUUGCCGUUGUUGGCAGAAAGCGUAAUGGAUGAGGACAUUGAAAUAGAGGAGAAAUUUAAUAUUAAAUUAUCGCAAAAAUACUUAGAAGGAAACGAAUUGAAAAAUGAACACCAAGAAGAAUAUCUUGAUUACCAAGAACCUGAAACAUCCACUCCUGUAAGAGAGGAAUUUCCAGGGUGUUAUAAUUUUCAGUACAGUUUAGCUAAUCAGGAUUCUAGUAAACAUUGGGUUUAUUCCCAGUUACUGAGAAAGGUAUUUAUUAAUAUGGAGGAAACACUACCACUAAGAUUUAAAUGGGACCCACCUGAUGAUGGUUUUUUCUUGCGUACUACCAUGGUAUUCAGCUUGGACCAAUACGCAAGUGACCCAGUUCGAAGGUGCCAUAACCAUAUGGCAUUGAAUAGUUCAAGCAAUCGAGAUAUAGAUCCGAUAAAAAUUAAACACGUCGUUCGUUGCUUAGAUAAUUCGAGUAUGUAUGAAGAAAGAAACGAGCACUUAUCUAUAUUGACUCCCCUCCGCACUCCUCAGGCUGGAACGCAGUAUGUGCUAAUGAAUUUUAAGUUUUUAUGUAAAAACAGUUGUCCAUCUGGUAUGAAUCGUAGACCUACGGAAUUAAUUUUCACCAUGGAAGAUAGCAAUAGAAGAGUCUUGGGUCGUCGUAGACUUCUAGUUAGGAUUUGUAGCUGCCCAAAACGAGAUAAGAAAAAGGAAGAGGCAGAAGUGGGCGAGCCACAACCGGAAACAAAGAAAAGAAAACUGUGUAUACCAGUUGGAAAAAAGAUGAUGCCUUCCUGUGAUACCCACGUAUUUAAUGUUCAGUUAAAUAUAGUUGGAAAAGAAAAUUAUUUAUCGGUAUUAAAAUAUGCAUACGAUAUAAUGGCUGGUCAAGCUUCGCGAACUGGGCAAUAUGAAUUUUUUAAACCAUACAUGGAUGACAUAUUACGUAAAACUCCUUAAUUUUACAAAUGUUGCCAUUCAUACAUCUUAUGUGCCUUGGGUAUAAACAGCAAAUGUUCUACUGUUAUCUAUUUGUAUAUCUUACAAAUUUAAUAAUGCAUGUAUCAACAAUUAAAUUUUAUUUGAUGUUAAUUUUAACAUCAGAACAUAUACAUUCAUACAUAUUGUAUGCAUUUUAUAAUGCAUGGUAUAUUAUAUACUUAGGUGUCAGGUCUUAACUUUGUGAUACUUCUAUAUCGAUAUUUGUAAUAAAAUACGAUGUACUUGUUAUCCUGUAAUUAUAAUAAGUAAUAAAUAAACAAUUUUGUUAUUUUUUCUACA